CUCUCUCCGUGCCUUCUCUCUUAUAGGCCUCAUCAGAUUGGUAGUUCUUUAUGUCUCUAUAUAUAAUAUCAGUGUCUUCCAAUUCUUCUUCUCCUCCUUUUCUCUUCCUCGCACAAGCUUCUCCUCAGUUCCGUCAAGGCCACUCUUCUUUUUCUCCUCGCAGUCUCAUUGCUUCCUGGACUCACAGCUGUCUGUUUCCUAUUCAUCUCAAGGUCCUAUCUCUCACGAGUGAAUACCAAAGAUACAAUGCAUCUUCUCCGUAUUCUCCAGUGGAUGAUCCCCAUCAUCAGUCUGUGUCUGGCUCAAUCGGAUGACCGAGCCCUUGCCCUUUCAUUGAUCAACCAGGCUCGCCAGGCUCACGGAGUUCAGCCGCUCACAUGGAACGCCAACUUGGCAUCUUAUGCUCAGUAUUGGGCAAACAUAAUGGCCAGUGGCCAACAGCCCUUUUCGCAUGCCCAAGGUCCUUACCGCCCUCAGCAGGGAGAAACGCUCUUUGAAUACCAAUCUACUCAAUGUGAUUCGGCCUAUGAUAAUCCUCUGCAGACCGCCGCACGAACCUGGCUUGCACAGGCCACGCUAUACAACGGGAUGCCCAUCACCGAUGGACAUGAGCCGUGGUUGCACUGGUGUAUGUAUUCAUUCAUGCUACUUCACAACUCGGAUCAGUCGGUGCUGACUCGUCUUCCAGCCCAGUGUAUGUGGUCCACCAGUACACAAAUAGGCUGCGCUCGAGCCUACAGCAUCUCGGACCCGUACAAAACCUACGAUGUGUGCCGAUUCUUUCCGGAAGGAAACAUGUAAGCAUCUCAUAGUUGUUUAUUGUUUGGAGACUGUAUGCUGACCACCUGUGAUCAGAGUUGGCCAGCGGCCCUAUUAGAUGCUUGUGGUCGCGAGUAGGGAAUAGAGCACUGCGGGCAUUUUUGAUGGGCGAGGAUCUCGCCGUGAUUUGACCUCUUGUUUGGAAUUGGCCAUUUAUGAUGCAAAGGCCAAGCUAUUUUGGUAGCGACGGAAGGGGUUUCCUAGCUAGAGGAGUCAAAUACAAUAC